CAGCAGACCUUCUCACGGCUGGCCAGAGGAGGACCACCCUGUGUUCUUACCCCAAGCUGCAUGGACAGUCUGCAUGCUGCUGAGUGACCUGGACAUCCCAGACUUUGGAAAGGAUGGUGGGCUCUUAUAUCUUGUGGCUGGCCUUGGCCUCCUGCAUUCUGACCCUGACAGCUACAGAACAGCAAGGUGACAGAAAUCUCACCAACAGUAGGUCCAAUGACCCCUGCCAGAAUUACGUCCGCCUGGACGAACCCUCCCGAAGCACAGAGAACACAAAACAAGGCAGCCUGUGUGACAGUAACAAGAGUGGCUGGUACCGCUUUGUGGGAGAUGGAGGAACAAGGAUGCCAGAGACCUGUGUCCCAAUACACCGCUGCCAGACAGAUGCUCCUAUGUGGCUGAAUGGGACCCACCCCACACUCGGCGAGGGCACUGUCACCCGCACUGCUUGUGCCCACUGGAGUGACAACUGCUGUCUCUGGAAGAGCCAGGUGCUGGUGAAGGCCUGCCCAGGCCAGUUCUACGUAUACCAGCUGGAGGGCACCUCCAACUGUAAUCUCAGAUACUGCACAGACCCCUCCACUGCAGAGGAGAGGUGUGAGAACACCUGCCGCCCAGAAGAGGAAUGCCGCUUUCUCAAUGGCACAUGGGACUGUUUCUGCAGACAGGACCUCAACAUCUCUGAUGUUCAUAGUUUGCAGCCUCAGCUGGACUGUGGGGCCAGGGAGAUCAAGGUGUCACUGGACAAGUGUAUACUGGGAAGCCUUGGUUUUGGAGACGAGGUCAUUGCCUAUCUGCACGAUGGGAACUGCAGCAGUACCGUGCAAAGACAGGAAAGAAACUGGAUGUCUGUGACCAGCCCUACCCAGGCUAGGGCCUGCGGAAACAUCCUGGAGAGAAAUGGAACCCAUGCCAUCUACAAAAACACCCUCUCCUUGGCCAAUGCUUUCAUCAUCAGAGACACCAUCCUCAACAUCAAUUUCCAGUGUGCCUACCCACUGGACAUGAAAGUCAGCCUCCAAACUGUCCUGCAUCCCAUUGUAAGUUCUCUGAACGUCAGUAUGGAUGGGGCAGGAGAGUUCACUGUCAGGAUGGCCCUGUUCCAAGACUCGAACUACACGUCUCCUUACGAAGGGGCUACAGCUGUGCUGGGUGUUGAAUCCAUGCUCUAUGUGGGUGCCAUCUUGGAGAGAGGGGACAUCUCCCAGUUCAACCUAUUGUUGAGGAACUGCUACGCCACGCCCACUAAAGACAAGACCGACCCUGUGAAAUAUUUCAUUAUCAAAAACAGCUGCCCAAAUCAACGUGAUUCCACCAUCUCUGUGGAGGAGAAUGGGGUGUCCUCAGAAAGUCGGUUCUCAGUUCAGAUGUUCAUGUUUGCUGGAAAUUAUGACCUAGUUUUCCUGCAUUGUGAGAUUCAUCUCUGCGAUUCCCUUAAUGAACAGUGCCAGCCAUCUUGCUCAAGAAGUCACCUCCGUAGUGAAGUAGUGGCUAUUAACCCAGCCCAGGUUCUAGAUUUGGGACCCAUCACUCGGAAAGAUGCUCCAUCUCUCGGUGUCAUGAAUGGAACCCCCAGCAUUGCAGGGUUCCUGGUGGCCUGGCCCAUGCUUCUCCUGCCUGUCCUUCUGGCUGGACUGUUCUGAGAGCUCAGCUGGGCAUCUGGCACACUCUCUGUGCCUUUAUAUUCCUCUUUUUCUCACAGCGGGGGCCCUGUUGGACUGCCUGACCUGACUUCCUCAUUUAGUAGCAGGAUCUUGAGGCCAGAUUUGCUAGAUGCCUCUGUGGCUCCAGCCUUUACCAGAAAUGUAGCAUGUCUGUAAUUCCAGGGAAGAAGGGCUGUGUCAGUGGGGGUCGGGGGGGUGGGGGAGAUGGGCUUGUAAAAAAGGCAUUUCCCCACAGUUCCUUCCCAAGUAUCCCCUGUUCUUACUGCUGAUGAACUGAACAGACUGAUCCUUGUUUUCACCCGUG